CUCUCUUCUUCUCACAACUCCACGGCGCAGAUCCGAGGAGUUGGGAAACCCUAGCUGCUCUCUCUUUCUCUCGCUAAAGCUCCAGCUCUCAAUAUCUCUCGUAAUCACCAUCGUCAGUUAUGGCAGGUCAAGCACCAGAAGGUUCACAAUUCGAUGCUCGUCAAUUUGAUUCCAAAAUGAAUGACUUGCUCUCAGCUGAUGGAGAAGAUUUCUUCACAUCAUAUGAUGAGGUUUAUGACACUUUUGAUUCUAUGGGAUUAGUAGAGAACCUUUUGAGGGGUAUCUAUGCAUAUGGUUUUGAGAAGCCUUCUGCGAUCCAACAAAGAGGAAUUGUUCCAUUCUGCAAGGGGCUCGAUGUGAUCCAACAGGCACAAUCUGGAACUGGGAAAACUGCAACUUUCUGCUCUGGAAUCUUGCAGCAACUUGAUUAUAGUCUAGUCCAAUGCCAGGCAUUGGUAUUGGCACCCACUCGAGAACUUGCACAGCAGAUUGAGAAGGUUAUGCGAGCACUUGGUGAUUAUCUCGGUGUGAGGGUUCAUGCUUGUGUGGGUGGAACAAGUGUUCGUGAGGAUCAGCGCAUUCUUCAAACUGGUGUUCAUGUUGUUGUUGGUACUCCUGGUCGUGUGUUUGACAUGUUGCGGAGACAGUCACUUCGCCCAGAUUACAUUAAGAUGUUUGUAUUGGAUGAGGCUGAUGAAAUGCUUUCACGAGGUUUCAAGGAUCAGAUCUAUGACAUUUUCCAGCUGCUGCCAUCUAAAGUCCAGGUUGGAGUGUUCUCUGCCACAAUGCCCCCUGAGGCCCUUGAGAUCACUCGAAAGUUCAUGAACAAACCUGUGAGAAUCCUGGUAAAGCGUGAUGAACUCACCCUUGAAGGUAUCAAACAAUUCCAUGUUAAUGUGGAUAAGGAAGAGUGGAAGCUUGAGACACUGUGCGAUCUCUACGAAACCCUGGCCAUCACUCAGAGUGUCAUUUUCGUGAACACAAGGCGCAAGGUGGACUGGCUUACUGACAAGAUGCGAAGCCGUGAUCACACAGUAUCUGCUACCCAUGGAGACAUGGACCAGAACACUAGGGAUAUAAUCAUGCGCGAGUUUCGCUCCGGCUCCUCCCGUGUUCUUAUAACCACUGAUCUCUUAGCUCGUGGUAUCGAUGUUCAGCAAGUCUCUCUUGUUAUUAACUAUGAUCUGCCAACUCAACCAGAAAAUUACCUCCAUCGAAUAGGUCGAAGUGGACGAUUUGGAAGAAAAGGUGUUGCCAUCAACUUUGUUACCAGGGAUGAUGAGAGAAUGCUGUUUGACAUUCAGAGGUUCUAUAAUGUGGUCAUUGAGGAGCUGCCAUCAAAUGUUGCUGAUCUCCUCUAAAGAGGUUUUUUUGGGGGUUCCUCGAGGUAAGGGGUUUCUUAUUUCAAAAGUACUAUUUAACGUUGGAUUUUUUUUUUUUUUUUUUAAUGUCUAGUGUCUUAAUUUAAUGUUUCCAGACAUAUUUGACCAUAUAAUGAUAUGGGUCCUGCACAUUUGCAAUAGGAUAAUUGUCAUGUUGCCUAUUUCAGUGUGAUAGGCAUUUAUUAUUGCAAGUUUUGGUGCAGGUAGGUUUUGUAUCGUAUGCUCUUAUUCUUUUCCAUCCUUGUAUUGUUCAAAAAGCUAGUAGUUUGGAUUGUUUAUUAUGUUGGAUCUUGCUUUUGAGUUUUCAAUGAGGAGAGAUGUUUUAUAAAUA